UUUCGCUGCCGCUCAGCCUCUGAUUGGACGAGCCCCGGGCCCUCCCCGCUCCCCCUCUCCCACCCCUGGUGAAAACUGCGGGCGCGGGGCACGGUGCAGCAACUGGAGGCGGCGGCGCGUCUGCGGGCUGCUGCAGCGGCGGAGGACCGGAGGCCAGAUCCAGGACUGAGCUCUCGACACCAUGAACCCUACCAUCGGCAUCGCCCUCCUGCUAACAGUCUUACAGGUGGCCCGUGGGCAGAAGGUGACCAGCCUGACAGCCUGCCUGGUGAACCAGAGCCUUCGUCUAGACUGCCAUCAUGAGAAUACCACCACCACGCCCAUUCAGUAUGAGUUCAGCCUGACCCGUGACACAAAGAAGUGGGUGCUCUCUGGCUCCAAUGGGGUCACUAGGCCAGAAUACAGCUCCCGAACCAAAUUCUUCAGCAAGUACAACCUCAAGGUCCUCUACCUGUCCAACUUCACCACCAAGGAUGAGGGGAUCUACACGUGUGAACUCCGCCUCUCUGGCCCGAAUCCCACCGUCUCCAAUAAGGAUGUCUCUGUGUUGAGAGAUAAACUGGUCAGGUGUGGGGGCAUAAGCCUGCUGAUCCAGAACACCUCGUGGCUGCUGCUGCUGCUGCUCUCCCUGCCUCUGCUGCAGGCCAUGGACUUCAUCUCCUUGUGACGGGUCAGGCCCACGGAGGACACAGGAAGCCACAAGGCCCAGUCCAGAGAUCCUGCUUCUCCAAGUCAGCUAACCCCCUUCCCCACAACCCCUCACACACCUUGGGGAGCAAUGGGGACCCUCCCCUCCUAAGGAAUUCCAGCGCUGCAUGCCAUUCCCUCACCUCCGCCAAUACCACCUCACACCCCCUCUGCCUGCCACUGGCUACUUGUACUCUUUAUUCCAGAGCUGCUUCCGUCUGGUUUAUAUUUAGGGCUUAUCCUUCCUUUUCUUGGGGAGUUUGUGAACGGGGAAGCCAGGGUUAGAGACCUGAUGGCGAAUGAGAGGAUGGGAGGGGGUGGAAGGAUGGAGGGGUAUCAGUCUCUGGAGGCCGUCAUCCUUGCCCACGGGGACCUGAGGCCUGGGAGAGCCCUGCACGUGGAGGGGGAGGGUGUGUCUGGCCCGAGCAGGCAGGGCGGUGCCUGAAGGCCCCAGAUGUGGGGGCACCGCCAAGCGUGGCCCAUCACGUGAGGGGAAUUCCGAGCGUCACCACGAGCACUUUCUGCCACAGAAGAAUGCCAUCUUCUUACCCUGCCAAGGGGCCCUGGCCCCGGGGUCUGGACCAGUGACGAUGCCGAUUGUGCGGGAAGCAGUGCUGAUGGGUUGGAGGCGGGUGGAGGGUGCAUCACCCUCCCCCACCACAGAGGGAGCCACAACUGGGAGCCCAGCGUCUCUCACUGGCCCGACCAGCAGCUGGGAAGGUGGCAGAGGAGGACAAGCCUGCUCCCAGGCCUAUCCCAAGGUCCUAUGAGCUUCCAGAACUCGGACCUGGAGGCAGUGAAGUCAGGCCUGGUGGAAGCCCUGAUGGAGACCCACGAAGUUUGGCCCCAGUGUUUCUCCGGGAGGCUCUUCCCCUCUCCCCCAGCAGUGCCUGAGCCUUCUGACAGCCCCCUGCCCCUUAGGCCUGCCUUCUCAGGGACCUCCGGCGGGGCCUGAGGCAGGCCACGGGGUGAGACCCACGAGUGGGACCUGUCUCAAGCGAUGGCUUUUCCCAGCACCCAGCUCCCCACCCGGCGGCUCUGCCAUGUCUCGUGACCGUGUGUAGUGCCAGCAUAGCUUAUGGCAUCUCAUUGAGGAAAAAGAAUACUGUACAAUAAAACCAAGCCUCUGGAAUCUGCCCUCCUGUGGGUCUCUGCUUUGCUCCUCUCUCCAGGUCUGCCCCCCACUCCCUUAGCCAAGAGGUCCAACCCCCUGCCUCCUGUGCCCCCCUCCCUGCCUUCAGCAGCCCUUCCUCUCCUCUCUGCCUCCAGGGGUGGACCACUGCAUGCCUGGCUUCUCAACCAUUCUAACACCACACGUUUGCCCAAAUAAAGGAAUAUCAUUUCCUCUC